AUGUACUUCAAGAGCACUACCUUGGCCGGGCUGUUGGCCCUCUCCAGUUCAGUCGAGUCCAAAGUCGUCCGAACGAGCACUGGAACAUUCCAAGGCGGAAAGUGUAGCACGACGGACGUGAACUACUUCUUCUCAAUCCCAUACGCCAAGCCGCCGGUGGGCGAGCUGCGAUUCGCAGCACCAGAGCCCCUAGGAAACUCAUCACGCAAGGUGGUCAACGCCACGGCCCCGGCUCCUUCGUGUAUGCAGUUCUCGGGAGGACUCUUCGACGAGACGAACACACAGAGCGAAGACUGUCUCUUUCUAGAUGUAUGGGUGCCUGCUACUCCAAAGCCGAAGCUACCUGUGAAGGUAUGGUUAUACGGAGGAAGCAACGAAGGCGGAGGAGUCUCCGACCCGACGUAUAACGGUUGCUUCUCAGCCCAAGAUUCUAUCGUGGUCUCGAUCAACUAUCGCUUAGGCCCACUGGGCUUCCUAGCACUGGAAGAUCUCGGCCUAACCGGCAACUAUGGCCUCCAAGACCAGCUUCUGGCUCUACGCUGGGUGAAAGAAAAUAUCGCUAAUUUCGGCGGCGACCCCGAAAAAGUGCUACUAUUCGGAGAAUCCGCCGGUGCCUUUGAUUCUUUCACCCUUAGCACGCUACCCGAAAUACCGCAGUUAAUACGAGCUGUUGCUCUCGAGUCUGGGGGCGGGAGAGACCUACCGACGCUAGCCGACUCGAAAGACUGGUACUCGGAGUUCCUCCACGCGAUGAACUGCACCACGCCAGAUGUAUCAUGCCUCCGCUCUGCCUCGACCACGGCCAUCAAAGCCGCAGUGAAGGCCAUGCCCGCGCCCUCCGUCAUGACCGUCAACACAGCCCUAGCCAACAACGGCACGCGAAGCUCCUGGACCGCCGUGGUCGACGGCAAGCUCGUGAAGCAGCAGCCGUCCGCGGCCGGGCUCAGGGUGCCCGCCAUCGUGGGCUCGAACGCGGCCGAGGGCGCGCUCUUCGUGCUGGCCUCGUACGGCGCGGCCGCGAUCCAGAACACGGUGACGCAGACGCAGUACGACGAGUUCCUCGCGUACAACUUCGGGCCGCUGGCCGCGCUCGUCAACGAGACGUACUCGGUGGCGCGGGCCUUCAACGGCUCGGUGCUGAAGGCCAUGACGGAGGUCACGACGGACGUGUCGUACCGGUGCCCGUCGCGCCGCGCGCUGGCGCAGGCCGAGAAGAACGGCGUGCCCGUCUGGAGCUACCGCUUCUCGCACGUGCCCAGCUGCGGCUGGUACGCGGGCAUCAAGCCCGCGUACAUCCCGUACCUGGGCGCCACGCACACGAGCGAGAUCCCGUUCGUGUUCAACUUCACGACAAACAUGCCGCCGCCGGACGGCAACUGCACCUUCACGCCGGCGGAGCAGGCCCUGUCGCGCGACAUGAGCCGCGCCUGGACGAACCUCGCCGAGUUUGGAAGGCCCGGGGACCAGAGCACGUGGCCUGCCUGGAGGUCUAACGGGAGCGUUGGCGUGGUGAUGGAUAGCGUGAUGAAGCCCGGCGUGGUAGACUACUCCGCGUGCGGUUUCUGGGACAAGGUGAAUUCGGAGUUGAAUGAGUAUUGGGAUAAGCAGCAUUAA